GAGCGCGCGUGUCGCCCUUCCGUCGCCGCGUCGUGAAUAAUUAAAACCCCGACCGAUAUUCUUAAGGUUACAGCCUAUUUCCACACGAAAAUCUAUUAUACUUAAAAAUUAUACUUUAAUUAACUUGUGAUUGUGUAGUGGAAACUUAUGGGCUACUGAUGUGUGUGAGCGUGCGUCGUUCGCCUGUCGAUUCGGUGUGUUAAGUAAGUUUUUUGAAGUGUUCGCGAGUGUGUUCUUGUGGGUGAGCAACCUGGUAUUUAGUCUGUGGAAAGGAACGGCAUGGCAUGAGCAGUGCGGUGGGCGCGCAAUGCGGCGCGCGCCGCUCGCGCAUCCCGCCGCCCUCGCCGUCGCGCUAUCCAUAUUGCUACGACUUGUUAACGCUGGUUCAAUGGGUCCCGGGGUACCUGAGAACAUCACAGUGACGUUCCUAAACCCCACCACGGUGCGAGUGUCGUGGUCCACCACGGCGGACUUGGUGGAGAAGUAUGACGUCACGUAUAAGCCUUCUGACGCGAGUUACAGAGUGGUUCUGGAGGUGGCCGGGAACUCUGACGCGGUCAUCUUGAGCGGUCUGGAGGCUGACACGCAGUACCAGGUCACCGUCGCCGCGUUGUGGGGUGGCCACAAGUAUAGAAGUAGACCUAUUGUCUUCCGCACGCUGGAGCCGCCGCGGACAUCACCGCAGCAGGACGGGGGGUUGGCUGGUACGGCGCGGUCUUCGGUGGCCCCGCCCGAUCCCUCACCAACCUUCCCUACGAUACGAGGGGUAGAAAUCGGCAUAGUAGUGCUGGUCCUUCUGGUGUGGAUCGGCGCCAUUGCACUGUUCUUCAACCGCUGGGGCAAGAUACGCAUGCUUCUGCCGUAUCAGCCCGAUUAUAAGCAGGAGCAGUUGAAGGUGCCCGGUAGCAGCGCACUGGCAGCGGCGGCGGCAGGCGGACAGUGUGCCCAUUCUGCACCAUCAGCCUGCUCGCACAUGCGUUGGUCGCACACUCACACGCAGAGUUUGGAGUGUGAGGAGCAUCUGCUGGCGCGCUGCAGUCGGCCUCGAGUCAACUCUGCUAUCUUCGUGUCGGCCGAGCCUGCGGGCUUCGCUGGCUUUGAUGCGAGCGAGUUCUUGAGGAGGCACGGCUCGCAGUCCAAAUUGUGUCGAAAGGCUAGAUCCGCCGACAACAUCCCUCUAACAUCAAUGAGCGACUCAUCAGAACGCCUUUGCAAGGCCAAGGCGCCCCGCGAAGAAACCAUCAGCGAAGAAGCAAAAUCCGAUGAUACGGGCAGCGUAGAAACUGUCAAGCACUUCGGCUUGCCCAUCCUCUCCGUCUCUGGACCCUCACCCCCCGAUGAAGACUACGACCAGAUAGAUGAGUAUCUGUAGCAUUUUCACACCAGUUUCCAGCUCAAAUACGUGCUGGAAAAGCUGAGGCCACCCUGGCCCAGCCCCGCACAAAGUCCUUGAGACUUCUGCACUGGACUUCUUGUGUUUCCUUUUGUGAUAGCUGCCUUUAGACGGACGGAUUGCCUAGUGGGACCAUAGUCUUUAGUAUGGUGCGUGUUUCCAGUUUUUAUCCUGUGGUAUUUUCCCCUCCUUUACAUUGUAUUUAUUGUACCUAUCCAAUGUGUGUUUAUCAUAAGUAAAACGAUUUUAAUGUUCACUUUAAAUAUUAUAGGGUAGACUAAUUCGAAUUUUAAAAUAAUUGUAAUAAUGUCAGUGUAGUAAUAUAACGAGGUCUAUAGUUUAAGAGCGGUGCAAUGUUGCGCCUCGGGCGCGGCGUAUAAAAUGACGCAACUGUCCUCUUUGCAGUAUAAUUUCAUGUCUCUCUGGGACCUGUUUGUAAAAUAUGUCAAAUACCCUAUUUUAGAUAAGGAAUGCACAAUAAUUACUAUUAAAUAUUAUUACUAUUAACUAACAGUGCCACUCUAAAUUUAAUUGCAUGUGAAAACAUGUAAGUAUGUAACGAUUUAUAAGCAAUUUUGGUGUAAGUUGUUUUUACUGUAUGCUUUGUAUAUAGCUUUAGGUCUUAUUUAUUUUAUGGGCUAUUCUUUUAUUUGUCGUUUUUUUUUCGUCAGAUUUUGAUAAAAUUUGGUAAACUAGAAGAGUCCUCAUUCUGCGCGGAAUGAACAAAAAAAUGUACAUACUCGUAAUAUACAAUUUUCAGUUGAGUUACCAUAGGAUUUUGUAACUCAUAGGAAGAGUUGUAGGACAAGGUGAAAUGGCGCGUAUAUUGUACAGGAUAGAACUCUAUCUAUUGGCCAAAUUUUAACAAUAUCUGGCGAAAAACCUUAACAACAAGUAAACAAAUUGCCCUUCUUUUUUAGAACAUUGUAAAAAAUGUAGUAUUCAUUGUACUAAAAUCUGGCUUGCAUCGUAUUUACGGAAUAUGAGAAUAAAUUACGUCUUAUUAGAAACUUAGGGAUAUACAGAUGUAGUGCAUAAUUGUUUUCCAUCAUAUUUUCUCGAAAACGUUCAUAUUUGUCAUGCUACUUCAGUCAAUCUUAGUACUUUUUGUACCAAGACUGACUGAAAUAGCAAGACACGUUCGUACGUUGCCGUGAAAAUGCGAUGGAAAAUAAUUAUGCGCUAAAUCUGUAGAUGAUUUGAAGGUUGAACUUUGGUCCAAAGAAAUGUAUUAUGAAAUGUAUCUGCACAUGUGACUGUGUUUUAGAAAGUAAGAAAUACUUUUUGAUUGUAAGGAGAACGAGGUGGUUUUACACUUUUACCCCUGGAAAGCCUAGGAUAAGAACUGAUCUGACCUUUGGUUUUAAAGUGUAAGGUCACGUUACAAUAAGUGUAUUUUAACAUCAAGGGGGUUAAGGUGAUGUAGGAAAAUAUUUUAUCAAAUGACUUUAUAUUAAAUAUUUAAUUAAAGUAAUAAACAAUCGCUAC